GUGUUGGCAUUUAUGCAGUUAUCCAGUCUGACUGGAUUAUUUUAAGUGACACAAGGUGCAUUUCUGGCGACAGGGUCCAUUUGUUUGUUUGUUUGUUUGUUUGUUUGUUUGUUUGUUUUGUUUGUUUUGAUUAAUUAAUUAAUGAAUUGACUGCCUGUAGCGUUAAUUGGUGUAUAAAGUUGGUGUAUAAAGUUGGCUCAAUUUCCCAUUGAAUUCUUUGAAAAAUGCAAACCUUCUGGAUUCUGCUCUUUGCUCUUCAAAUUAAGUACUCCUGUCUUGAUUUUAUUACGCCUAAGACAUAUUAUGAACAACGGAUGUAUGGUGAACAGCUGAGUAUCAGACUGUCGUCUGGGGCUGAGAAGUUGCAAUUUACCUAUUUGAAUGAAAGGGAGCAGGAGAUCCUUUGGUCCAAAUCUACCAAAGCUAAAAGGGGAGUAGUAACAGGAAGAAAUGAUGACAGGAAAUUUGUAAUUGCAUCGGUCACAUUCAAUGAUGAAGGAACCUACAGUGUUCUGAACAUCUGGAACAGAAAGUUAUCCAUCCAUUACUUGAAGGUUAUCACUAAAAAAAGUUCACAGGAUUGUGUGGCUGGAGAGUCCUUAAGCAUUUAUCUUCUUGGUCUACCGGAGAUUGAUGCCACGCUACAUUUUUCAAACCAAGAUUUAAACCUCACUCUGGUUAAGAGUGGCACACCUGUGGGCAACUCACAUCCUGACUAUAUGGGACGUAUCAAGGUGACUAGCAGCAGCAUUGAGUUGCUUAAUGUCAAUGUGUCAGAUGUGGGCAACUACACACUCAGUGAUCGUCUAAAUCGCAAAGUCAGGAUCGUAUCUAUGAACUUGGUUGAUAGUCAUCCAGGGUUAAAAGCAGGUCCUCUGGCUGCUCUGCUGCUGUUACUCGGUAUUCCACCAUGUAUUUGCUGCUGCUGUAGAAAGAGGAUUUGUAAAAAGACCAGCCAAAACACCACCAACACCAACAGCACUGUGAAGUAUGACAACCAAAUUAUUCCACCUGGACCUCCACCAGCCUAUGAUAGUCCUGCAGUUUCUGCUGGAUCAACACCGGGCUAUCCUCGUGGUUACCCUGCUGUUGGUGAGAGUACUGUUCAUCCUCCUCCCAAUCCCGCAUUUCCUUCUCAACCACCCUACAGUGGAUCACCUGCUAUGCCCCCUAACCCUGGCCAUACUCCUGGUUACCCUCCUGUAGGUGAGAGUACUGUUUAUCCUCCUCCCAAUCCCGCAUUUCCUCCUCAACCACCCCACAGUGGAUAUCCUGCCACAUCACCUGCCAUGCCCCCUAACCCUAAUCCCCUUUACCCUCCUGGAUCUGGCUUUCCACCAGCUCAGCCUCCUCAGUGGAGUGAUGCUCCCAGUAACCAACCUCCUCCGGCUGGUUUUGCUCCAGUGAUGUAUAAUGCUCCUUCUGUCGCUGACUCAGUCAAAGGAGAAAUACUGCCUACAACACCACUACUCACACCACCACAGCCUGAGGUGGCACAGCAUCCAGCCCCAGACUCUGCCAUCCAAUUUAGCAUCAACCAGGGAAAUAACUCAAGCUCCAACUUCCUGUAGGUUCUCCUCCCUCUUGGAUAUGUUAUAAACAAUUAAAAGAUGCAGUAGUUUUUAAAAAAUGUGAAUGGCACUGACACAUAUGUUCAUACCUUGAAAGACAGCAAUUUGAUUUUCUUAAUGGAUGUGUUCGUGGUAUAAUGAACUGGUUUUAACUGUAUAGAAAAAUUAAGGGCUAUAGUAGAUUAAUGAAAUACAAAACUAUUUUUAAUUGCCUAAUACUAUGUUUUGUACUUGGUGUACUAUGUUCGUAUCAUUUUAGAGAAAUAAAUAAAAAAGUUACAAUUUUUUACCUUA